GGAGCCAAGCUUCCAGCCUCCCCCCCCUCGCCCUCCCCAUCCUUUGCAUGCCAGCCAGGGGGAGGGGGGCUUCGCAAGCCGGCCGCUGGGGGAGCACCAGAGACAGCAGCAGCAGCCGCCGCCAGCAAGCCGGCGCGUAAAAACGCAGCAAGGAGGGCCGGGUGCGAUUAAGGCACCCGGCCAGAGACGGUGGCAAGCUCGGGCAGGCAAAGCAAGCGGAGAUCCCGUCUGGCUCAGCUGUGGGCUGCCCUUCCUGGCUGCCUCCUCCACCGGUUGCCGGCGCUGAGUCAAGCCCCGGGCAGCCCCGAGGGUUGCAGCCGCCCCAGCCGGAGCGCUGCGCCCGCGCGCGCCCCUUGCCAAGCUCCGCCGCUUCUUUGCCGGGCCAGACCAGUGGCGGUUCAGACCGGUUCGCUUGAACCGGUAGUGGCGAACUGCGGGUGCAAUCCCGUCCUCUAUCACUGUAAUUUUGACGCUGCACAGAUGUGCGGAUGGCACGUGUGAACGAAUUGCCGUGUUUUGUGACGCCGUACCCAUCCGUGGAUGACCGGUUGCUACAGUGUGUCACCACGCCAGAUGUGAGCAGCUCAGCCACCACAGCCCCCUGCACUUGUGCGAGGAGUGCGACGGGCAGAUCCACGGGGCGAUGCACUUUGACCGACAUAUCCGCUUCGACCUUCCGCCUCCAGGGUCUAUCCUGGCGCGUAACGUCUCCACCCGGUCCUGCCCUCCACGCACUAGCCCGGCCUAUGAUGUGGAAGAGGAUGACGAACCGCUGAUUGACGGGAGAGGAGAAAAACGAAAUUUAGCUCGGAAGGCCAAGAAAGGAACCAGGAGACAUACGGACGAUCCCAGCAGGGAAUAUUUCACUCUGAAAUUUGAUUUGAACGUGGACGUCGAAACCGAGAUCGCCCCAGCCAUGAAGAAGAAGUCUUUAGGGGAGGUGUUGCUCCCGGUCUUCGAAAGGAAAGGCAUCGAUCUGUCAAAAGUAAACAUUUAUUUGGACCAGUCCAAUACCCCACUGUCGCUCAACUUUGAAGCCUAUCGCUUUGGAGGACAUUACCUGCGGGUGAAAGCCAAACCAGGAAACGACCUCAAGGUGGAAGAUGGGGGGAAAGACAGCAAAUCCCUGAGUUUGCCCAUCCUGCGCCCAGCGGGCAUCAGCCCCUCCUUCCUCGCCACCCCAUCUUUGGAUCGACUGGAGCAAAUAUCGCUUCGCCGGGAGAGUACGGACGCCGGGGGCCCUGGGCGUCAGAGGAAGAACAUGAAUGAAUUUCUUGGUGAUGCCAGGAUCCAAAAUCCGGACCUUUUGCCUCCCGCAGCCCCCUCGCCGGUCCCCAACGGGCCGGACACGCGGAAGAACCGAGGGCCCAGCCGCUUCAGCGGUUUCUUCGGGUCGGGAAACAGUUCCAGCUCGUUCGCCAGGGAGCUGGACAAGAUGGAGCAGCUGGAGAGCAAGCUGCAGUCCUACAGCCUCUUCGGCCUCCCCCGGCUGCCCGACCAGCUGCGCUUCGACCAGGACUCCUGGGAGGACGGAGAGGAGGAGGACGAGGCCGGCCUGCGGAUGGAGGAGAGCUGGCAGCAGAUUAUCCAGGACACCGAGGCCUUGACGCGACGUCAGUGUCACCAGCAGGAAGCGAUCUGGGAGUUGCUGCACACCGAAGCGUCUUACAUCAAGAAACUGAAAGUCAUCACGGAUCUCUUCUUGUGCUGUCUUUUAAAUUUGCAGGAUUCGGGUCUCUUGUGCGAGGUGGAAGCCGAGCGUCUUUUCAGCAACAUUCAAGAAAUUAUCCGGGUUCAUCGCACCCUCUGGAGGACUGUCAUGGCCCCCAUUUUGGAGAAGGCCCGGAGGAGCCAAAACUUGCUGGACCCCACCGAUUUAUCCGAGGGCUUUAAGACGUUCGGCUCCCAUUUCCAGCCUUACAUCCGCUACUGUAUGGAAGAGGAAGCUUGCAUGGAAUACAUGAGGAAUUUGCUGCGACAAAACGAACUUUUCCGCCUCUAUGUGACGUGGGCCGAGAAACACAAACAAUGCAACCGUCUGAAGCUGAGCGACAUGUUGGUGAAGCCACACCAGCGCCUGACCAAGUACCCUCUGCUCCUGAAGUCUGUGUUGAAGAAGACCGAGGACCCCGAGGCGCGAGAAGCCAUCAUCGGCAUGAUCAACGCGGUGGAGCAGUUCAUCAACCACGUCAACUCCCGGAUGCGUCACCACCAGGAGCAGCAGCGCCUGGCCACCACCGUCAACCGCAUCGACGCCUACGAGGUGGUGGAGGGCAGCACCGACGAAGUGGACAAGAUCUUGAAGGAGUUUCAGCGCCUGGAUCUGACGGGCCCGAUCCCUGGGACGUCCCGAGAGGAGACGCGACAGCUGCUGCUGGAGGGACCCCUCAAGAUGAGGGAAGGCCGAGACAGCAAGAUGGACGUCUACUGCUUCCUCUUCACCGACCUCUUCCUCAUCACCAAGCCGGCCAAGAAGGCCGAACGCACCCGAGUCGUCCGUCAGCCCCUCCUCAUCGACAAGCUGGUGUGUCGGGCGCUCAGGGAUCCAGGAUCCUUCCUGUUGAUCUACCUGAAUGAGUUUGGCAGCGCCGUGUGUGCCUAUACUUUCCAGACCAGCGGGCAGUCGCUGUGCCGGAGCUGGGUGGAGGCUGUCUGUAACGCCCAGAAUAAGCUGCAGCAGCUGCGUCUGCAGGAGCUCCAACGCAACCAGCGGCUUCCUCAGGUCGCGGAGGAAGCCAAGGUGGAAGAGGAAGAGGAGGAGGAAGUAGAAGGGGAGCAGGAAGGCACCAGGGACUCCUCGGAAGCCAGUUCUCCUCCCACCCUCCGGAAAAGCACCAGCAGCUUGGACUCCCAGCAGUGCCUCUCCGACGGCUCCACCGACACCAUCUCGGUGAUCGCGGCUGAGACCGGCGAGGAAUUCCUUCCGCCUUCCUUCGACGGGAGCCAGUUCCUCCCCACAGCGGAGGAAUUGAGCAUCGGCCCCCUCCCCAAUUCCGCCACGCCCUCCUUGGAGGUGGGAGACCCGCUCCCCGACACCCCCGGACCCUUGUCGAAACCGGAACCCAGCCCCUGCAGCUGCUCGUCUUUCGACAGCGCCUACGGGACCCUCUCGCUCGGCUCGCUACACGAACUGGUGGAGCCCCCGCUGCCGCAGGGGGGUACGGUGGCUUCCGAGGAGGAGGAGGAGGAGGAAGAAGAGGAGGAGGAUGUCGCCAAGACUGGGUCCCCAAAACUGCGUCGGCAGACCCCCGUCCAGCUCCUCCCCGCCAAGACUAAGGUGCUGAAGUCCAAAUCGGAAGCCAACCUCGCGCAGGUGCUAUCGCCCUCGCUGUUCCUCAUCCAGAGUCAAAGUUUGUCCGAACUUUCUCCUCCCGUCACGCUGUCCGGGUGUCCCUCCAUGCAGGAGCCCCAAGUCCAGCCCCUCUGCAGGGUCUUUAGCAGCAGCAGCAAUAACAGCAGCGUUUCCGAACUCUCUGAAGCGGAGGAGAUGUCCUCGCCGGGGAUCUGCGUCUCUCCAGGGUUGGUGGUCGCCGUCACGAGCGGACCGCCGUCGCCAUGCUGGCCGGAUGAGGAGCCUGCGAGCGAGGAGCUGUCGGAGGCGCAGCAGGCGUUUUCCGACCCGCCGGCGAUUCAGCACCGGAAGUUGACUCUGGGCCAGCUGUACCGGCUCCACACCACAUUGCUGCUCAACUCCACGCUUACGGCCUCGGAGGUAUGAGAAGCGUCGGGAGAAGAGAACCGAGUGCAAAGACAGAGGUCCGGUUCUGCGGUCCCACCCAUCCUCCGUGGGCAUCAAGACCACCCAGCCACCCCAAAGGGGUGGGCACAAGGACAGAGCACAGCAUCCCAAACGGGUACCAUUUCUCUGUUCGUGCGUGCUCGCUUCCAAUCGAUGUGUUUGCGGCCACUGUGCGGCCUUGGCCCGAGGACAUGACACACAAAGGAAAAGUGGGGGGCCCGGAGGGUGGGCCCCCCCCCCUGCCCCAGCAACAGCUUCCCAGAAAUUUCAAAUUUGAAGCCCAAGUUUUACCUUUUGCACUGUUCAUUCCUCCUCGUUCAAUUUUCCUCUCUGGACACAAAGGAUGAAGAUGGAUCAUUCCAGUGGCUCCCCGUGCGAUGUUUUCUCCGUUGUUUUUUUCGCUCGGCUUUUCCUCCCUCUAACUAAGGCUCCCUCGUUACCCCAAAUCUCCCCAUAUCAGGAAUUGAGCCUUGUUACUCCCUCUUGGACGUAGGCCCCAUCAGCCGUUGUCCCCCCCCCCUCCCCAAAUCGACCACUUUCCAGUUGACCUAAAUUUUGCUCAUCCGAGCUCGGUCCGUGCCAUGCACAGUGGAGCACCAAGAAGGAUCGGAGGGUGGGUGGGGACUUUCCAGCCUUGAUUAUUCUGCCUGGGCAGUGGGUAUGACACACCCCCCACCCUUGCUCCCGUUGCGGUAUGGGGUCUUCCCAUCCAGCAGGAGAAAAAAUAAAGACUCCUCCUUCCCCCCCACCCCGCCCCGCCUUGGGAGUGUUUUUUUCCCUGCCAAGGAGGUGCACACAACAGCAAGAAAAGCGUUGUACAGAACAAACGUAGAGAUCAUCUAGUCCAACCCCAGCAUCCUGAGACCGGGAAGGAACCGGGGUCAAGCCGAGGUUGGGCUGUUUUUCGGAAAUCAAGCAAGGAAGAAAGAAAGGAGAAAGAACCGGAAGGUCGGAGAAGGGAAACGAGCGAAGAAGGAUAACGAAAGGGAUCCGAGGAUCGGGAAAGUGGACGGUAACGGAAAGGGUGAAGUUUCUGCCAGGUUUUUGCGGAAGAAGGAAAAAUGGAAGAGCAGCCUGUUGAGUCGAAUUGCGAGAUCGAGGUCAUCUUUCGGGACGUCGGCGCCCCUCUGCCUCCCCCCCCCUUCUGUCGGGGACGCUGGUGGCCCUUCCAAUGACAAUUGUCCUUGUUUGAUUCCAAGGCCGACUUCUUCCAUGGACGAAAAACUAAAUUGGGGCCCCGCUCGGACGGUGGAAGCAAAACCCACCCCCCAAAUAUAUCAGCCACUGGACGUAACUCCGAAACGAUGCAUUUUUUUCCCUUGCAACCUCCCCCCUCCCUUUUAAAACCGGGGUGUGUUGCGUUUUGCGUUGGCUUAUAACCUUGCUUAUUUAUUACGCUUGUAUUCUCGCGGGCCCCGUCCCCUAUCGGCCCCCGUUUUUCAAUGGGGCAGGAGAAGGGAUGGUGGUGUAACUAGUUCAGUUUCUUUCCUACCGUGGCUUUUGUGGCUGCCCUCCCCAGAGACGCUGUGGGGAGGGGGUGGUCUUGAUUUUGGCACCCCCCUCUUUUUCUUUUUGCAAAUGUGGUUGCUUGGCGUAAUUGG